CACAUUGUAGCUUUUACUUUUCCCCUCUGGAUUCUUUUUCAGGCAUAGAAAAGAACCCAACCAGAACAGAUAAUUCUAACACUAUUUUUAUCAGGAGCCACACUUUCGAAAGGAAACAGCCAGCAACAUGCCAUCGGCUGACUUCAUGCAGUACGAAGAUUUUGACAAUUUCACUUACUACUUUGAGAGUUAUGAGGAAGAGGAGUCGCCUCAGCCCUCCCUCAGUGACGUGCACAUCGUUUCUCUUGUGCUACACAGUUUAGCUUUUCUCCUAGGAGUGCCUGGCAACGCAAUCGUCAUCUGGAUCAUGGGCUUUAAAUGGGAUAAGACGGUCACUUCCCUCUGGUUCCUCAACCUCGCCAUCGCAGACUUUAUCUUUGUCCUUUUCCUGCCUCUCUACAUCACCUAUGUGGCCACGGGCUUCCACUGGCCAUUUGGGAAAUGGCUGUGCAAAGCCAACUCCUUCGUUGCCUUGUUCAACAUGUUUGCCAGCGUCUUCUUCCUUACGGCCAUCAGCCUCGACCGCUAUGUUCACCUGAUCCAUCCCGUCUGCUCCUACAAAUAUCGAACGGUGAAAAACACUUGUGUUUUGAUCACCAUCAUUUGGACCCUGGCGACCAUCAUUGGAAGCCCAGCCUUGUAUUUCAGAGAUACACUUACUCUGCACAACAAUUCCACCAUUUGCUACAAUAACUUUCACUCGAAAGACCCCUACCUCGUUUUCCUGAUACACCACUUUCUGACCUGGGUGAGGUUCUUUUUUGGCUAUCUCUUCCCUCUCCUGACCAUGAUCAUUUGUUACUCUCUUCUAUUCAUCAAUGUGAAGAAGAGCGCCGUCUUGACUUCCAGCAGGCUUUUUUGGACUAUCCUGGCCGUUGUGAUUGCCUUCUUCGUUUGCUGGACCCCGUUCCACAUCUUUAGCAUCAUUGAGCUGACAAUUCACCAUAACGAUUACUACCACACCUUGCUUCGGGACGCCAUUCCUCUGACCGUUAGCUUCGCUUUCAUCAACAGCUGCCUUAACCCCAUCCUUUACGUCCUUCUCAGCAAGAAGCUGCGGUCCUGCUUUCAGGUGACAUUUUCAGAGUUAGUGAAAUACACGCUGUGGGAGGUCAGCCGGUCAGGGACAGUCAGCGAACAACUUUGGAACUCUAUGAGUCUGCAGCAGUACGAAAACCCCGGGGUGAAAAAUCCACCCAGCGAAACAGUCAGCGAACAACAUUGGAACUCUGUGAGUCUGCAACAGUGCGAAAACACUGGGGCGAAAAAUCCACCCAGCGAAACUACUCCAUAAUUGAGCAAUCUGCCUUUCUUUGUAAAGGAUUCAUUUUCUAUAUAUCAAGAAGCGUUUGUAAGUAAAUAAGAUGAAAUUUUUGUACCCAAAGCAUGGUGGAUCGAGGAUAGCUAAUGGAAUUUUGAAAGCUCAUUUCAGCAUCUUUUUUUAAACAAAGCAUAUUUAGCUGGCAGUAGGGUUGCCAUCCUUUCAGCCAGCCUGUGCUCCUGGGCUUUUAACCAUUACUACAGAGAUGGGCAGGUGAUGAUGCUUAUCUCCCUAUAGCCUGAAAAGCUUCACUUCCUGAUUUUUGUAGACCUUGAUUCCUAAAAGCACAGAAAUAGGGACAGGCUAGGGUUGCCAAGCUCCAAGUAGUUGCUGAAGAUACCCUACGAUUACACCUGAUUUCCAUGGGACAGAGAUCAGUUCACCUGGAGAAAAUGGGCACUUUGGAAUGUAGAGUUUAUGGGCUCAGGGGUGGCAUUCUAGCAAGUGCUCCUUUGCAUAUUAGGCCACACACCCCUGAUGUAGCCAAUCCUCCAAGAGCUUACAAAAAAAGAGCCUUGUAAGCUCUUGGAGGAUUGGCUACAUCAGGGGUGUGUGGCCUAAUAUGCAAAGGAGCUCCUGCUAGAAUUCCACCCCUGUAUGGGAUUAUACUCCACUGAAGUCCUGUCCCUCUCCAAGUCCCCCUUCUUAGAGUCCACCCUCUUGGAAUGUAGACUCUAUGGGGUUAUACCCCAUUGAAGUCCCUCCCCUCCUCAAGCCCCACUUUUCUCAGACUCUACCCUCCCAAAUUUCCAGGUAUUUAUUGACUUAAAACUGGCAAUCCUAAGACAGGCCCUUGAGUUUUGGGACCACUGGCAACCCAAAUGGGCGACUCCUAUCUCAAACGUCUUGGAGAAUGAAGAUUAUUAUGAGAUAAGAUCUGGGAGGAUAUUCCAUUCCAUGGUGUAGUCUUAUGUUCCAAAUCGAAAUGUUGCCCUUGGUGGACCCCAAACUAAGACUGUAUUUCCUUAUUAGCCGUGUAUAAUAGUUUGUCAAAUAAGUUUCACAUAGCACAAGAUACAAAUACUCUUUUCUAGACUAUUUAACCCCUGCAAUAUUAAUAGUAUUGAAAACGUAAUCAAAUGUACUUUUGAAAUCUUCUGGCAACGUAUCAUGGACAAUAAGAGAAUGAUCUCACAGCUGUUUUCUUUUUGCUGCAUACCAGCUGGGCAUAUAUAAUAUCACAUAUAUUCGAAGCGUAAGGGUUUGAUUUCAUGGCUCAGUGUGAGCAACAUAUCUUUCUGAGCUUCUUGAAGGCAGGGCAGAAUUUUUAAUAAAGUAAUAUAUGGAAA